AUGUCUUACGGCUAUCCCCUCACUGCCGUGGGUGGCAGUGGAGAUUAUGUCUGGAGUGACUUGACUCCUCUGCCCCUCGAAAGUUCUGAUCUAAAAGGGCCUUUUUUAGAUCAGCAUAGCGACACAGCUGAUGAUUUCAUCACUUCCUCGAGUCAUAUCGCUUCUGUUAAUCAACGUGGUGAAGUAAUAAGUUUGGGGUUGGGAGAGUCUAUUAUCGUAUCUUCUGAUAGACAUAAUCCAGCAACAUGUGGAUGGAUAAAGCUAGAAACUGUUCGCCCCGCUCGGUUACAUUUUCUUUUAGAACGUGAUGAAGUGCUUAUUGCUCCGACUGCCGCUCAUCUUGAAGAAGCACUUUCAAAGACGGAUCAAUUUAUUAAGCCAAUGGAAAGAAAUUUUCCUAAGAUGGACCAAGUUCCUGACGAGGAUUCGAUACCGGAAUUACAAAUUCCAAUGAACUUCACUGAAGCCUCAGAAAAUCUCAUCGUUCUAACUAUCGGUCUAGUUCUCCUUGACACUAGCGGGCGCUCGCUUACUGAUUGUCGAAGUCUGAACAUUACUAUUCGUCCACUUGAUCCAUCCAUAGUAAAGGUUAUACCUGGUAAGUGUUGUUCAUAA